AUGAAAAAUAAAUUCAAGGAUAGAGGCUACCACGAUAAGAACCUUGGUUCGACUGUGAAUGAGCUAAUAGCACUCACCCAAGAAGAAGCACUACGGAAAAAUGCCAAAGAUGGUACAGAGGAGAAAAAAUGUACCUUUGUGACUACCUAUACACCAGAUAAAUGGCAGGUACCGGCUAUCCACAGGAAUAAUUGGGAAACCGUGAAAAGUGACCCACAACUACCAUUGACCAAAUAUGAAGCACCAAGAGUGGGGUUUGUGAAGAUAAAACCCCAGGUAAAGCUGCAUCCGCCUCCACCCAAGGCACAUGUUUUGUUGAGCACUUCUCUACCUCGGUCUACCUCUCCCAGUUCUAAUAGCCAAGAACUCAAAGAUCUGUUGGAGCUCAUUGAAUGGCCUGCUCCUCCAAGUCCUACAAGUUUUGAGUUUUCCACUAGCCCACUGACAACAGAUUACCAUUUGCUUUGGCCACGUGCCACAUAUUAUGUGGGAGAGCAUGUUGAAGUUCUUAUUACAGCUCGAGACCACCAAGGACAAAAAAAAACUUAUGGUGGGGAUUACUUCCAGGCCAAACUACACUCACCGAGGUUGAAAGCUGGAGUAACUGGCUCUAUCACAGACCACAGGAAUGGCAGCUAUACAGUCUCAUUCUUACUUGCUUGGCCUGGAGAAGUUCAGAUCUCUAUUAUCCUUAUCCAUUCCAGUGAGGCCAUUGCUAUCCUAAAAGAGAAGAGGGAAACCCGCCCUGACAAGGUUUACUUCCAUGGAUACUUUGAACAUAAUGGGAGCCAGGAGGUGAUGGAGUGCAACGUGGUGCCCCCUAGUAAGGAAGUGUGUGAAUACCAGGACAGGGGCACAGGAGAAAGGUGGUACUGUGUGCGCCCAGCACAGCUGCCCUGCAGUGGGUACCUUGAGCAUUCUGCAGGUGGCAGUCGCCAGAUACUCACAUCAGCUGAAGAGCCGUUGCUCAUGGGGUCUGUAAAAGAAAAAGUGAUUUCAUCAAAGGUGAAACUGUUCAACGUUUUGCCGCGUAACAACAGCUUUGAUGACAGAGGGCUCUGCCGUCCUGGCCUCUCUAACCCAGAACCUUCAGGAUUUUACUAUGAAGACGCCUGGCAUUCUCGUGUCUGCAGGAACAAGCAGUUCUCUCAUCCAUCCAAUGUCACCGCUUGUCUGGCAGAAAAAGUUGUCUACAUGUUUGGGGAUUCAACUCUCCGACAAUGGUGGGAAUAUCUUGUUGAAUUUGUUCCCUCCCUUCAAAGACUAGACCUCCGUGUAAGUUAUGCACCGGGCCCGCUGCUGGCCACAGACACACAGCACGAUUAUCUGAUAGAAUGGCGAGCGCACCAGAGGCCCCUGAGCAUGAAGCGCACUCGUUUACAGGAGCUGCGAUAUGUUGCUAAUGAGCUGGAUGGCAUGGGAGGAGGCAAUGAGGGGCUUGUGAUUGUCAUAAACUGCUUGGCCCAUUUUGUUACAUUCCCUGUAAUAGUCUAUGUGAAUAGGAUUCGCACCAUACGUGAUGCUGUGAUACGGUUAUUGGAGCGAAGCCCACAGACCAAGGUGCUCAUCAAAUCUGGCAACACAGGAUAUCUAUACGCUCAUGGCAGUGACUGGCUGUCCCUACAACUGGACACUGUGCUGAGAGCCAUGUUUACAGGACUGCCGGUCACCAUACUUGAUGCCUGGCAGAUGACCUCCUGCCAUUAUCUGUCCAAAAGCAUCCACCCUGGGAAGGCCAUUAUCAAGAAUGAGGUGGAACUAAUGCUGUCCUUCAUCUGCCCCCAGUGA